CCCAAAAUCGUUUGUUAGUAGAAUAAAAUUUGCAAUGCAAACCUUUCUAUCCGCACCAAAGUUCAACAAAAAAUACGUGUAUUCAAAUCCUGAAAACACAUAUCAACAUUUUGUUAAUGCUUAUGCUUUCUAUAAAAUGGCAUCAACUGGAAUACUAGAUGCAAAUAAAAGCGAGUUAUGUAAAGAGAGAAGAGACCCAAUUCAUGAAAAACCUGUAAAUGCUGAGUAUAUUGAUAAAGAAAGCAAUCUGUGUGAUGAAGUUGAAUUCACAACAUCAGAAAAAACAAAUGAGCCAAGUUUAAAAGAAAAUGAUUCAUCU